AUGGCUAUGAAACCAUUUACACUCAGGUCGCCAGAAGCUGUGUUCCGCUUUAUAUCACCGAUAACUUCCCGAUACCCUCAUUCUCCGCUUACUGCGAUACUCAGUAAAGUGCCCUCAUUAAGAAACUCUGUGGAAGAUGAAGUUCAGCGGAUUUGCUACAGGGCUAUGAAGUACUUGCGUUCAAUCCAGAACAUACAUUCCUCUAUGUCAGAAUACUUCUUUGACGCCGACUUGAUGGACAUAGGACGUUUACCUAAGGGUAUACUUGAUGUUUCUUCGAACAUACAAUUUCAGAAGUGUUCAAUGGGACUCUGA